AUGCAGUCGUCCUUCCUCCGCGCUAGAGCGCAGCCGCUGUCGCGGCUCGCAUGCCGCAUUCCGAGCUCGACCUCGCGUGCCAUGAGCACCUACGCCAACUUCAAAGUGCCUCAGAUCAACAAUGAGCCGAACCAGCACUAUGCGCCCGGUACCGCGGGCCGCAAGGGUCUGGAGGAGGCUUUGGCCAAGUACAAGCAGCAGGCUCCGUUGAACGUGCCUUUGGUCGUGGCUGGCAAGGAGAUCAAGAGCUCCCAAACCUUCACCCAGAGCAACCCGGCCUCUCACGCCGCCGUUGCUACCUACUCCAACGCGUCCAAGGCUGAUGUCGAAUCCGCCAUUGCCUCUGCUCUGGCCGCGCGCAAGUCCUGGGCCGCUACUCCCUUCGCCGAGCGUGCCAGCAUUUUCCUCAAGGCCGCGGACCUGAUCGCGACCAAGUACCGUUAUGAUAUUAUGGCUUUGACCAUGCACGGUCAGGGCAAGAACGCCUGGCAGGCGGAGAUUGACUCUGCCGCCGAGCUGUGUGACUUCUUCCGCUUUGGUGUCAAGUACGCCGAGGAGCUGUACUCUCAGCAGCCUGCUCACCACGCUCCCGGUGUCUGGAACCGCCUCGAGUACCGCCCUCUUGAGGGUUUCGUCUAUGCCAUCAGCCCCUUCAACUUCACCGCGAUCGGUGGUAAUCUGGCUGGCGCGCCCGCUCUGAUGGGUAACGUUGUCGUGUGGAAGCCUUCGCCCUCUGCCAUUGCUUCCAACUGGCUUGUGCACCAGAUCCUCCUCGAGGCUGGCCUGCCUAAGGAUGUCAUCCAGUUUGUGCCCGGUGACGCCGAGGAGGUUACUAGCACAAUCCUCGCUCACAAGGAGUUCGCUGCUCUGCACUUCACUGGUAGCACCGACGUCUUCCGUAGCCUUUACGGCAAGAUUUCUCAGGGUGUCGCGGAUGGCAAGUACCGCAGCUAUCCUCGCAUCGUGGGUGAGACUGGUGGCAAGAACUUCCACCUGGUUCACAAGUCGGCUGAUGUCCGCAACGCCGUGGUUCAGACCGUCCGUGGUGCUUUCGAGUUCCAGGGCCAGAAGUGCAGUGCUACCUCUCGCGCAUACGUUGCCUCUUCCAUUGCCGAUGAAUUUGUCCAGGGAGUUGCCGCCGAGGUUGAGAAGCUCAAGGUUGGGGAGCCCUCUGAGUUCUCCAACUUCUGCGGCCCCGUCAUCCACGAGGGCUCUUUCAACAAGCUGGCUGGUGUUAUCGACGAGGCCAAGAAUGACCCUGAGCUUGAGCUGCUUGCCGGUGGCUCUUACGACUCUUCCAAGGGAUGGUACAUCCAGCCCACCGUCUACCGCACCUCGAACCCCGACCACCCUCUUCUGUCCCGUGAGCUCUUCGGCCCCAUCAUCGUGAUCCACUCGUACAACGACGCGACCGAGGCCGACUUUGUCAAAAUCUGCGAGAAGAUCGACAGCACCAGCACCUACGGCCUGACCGGAUCCGUGUUCGCUCAGGACCGCGAAGCCGUCCAGGUGGCCGACGAGGCUCUCCGCAACGCCGCUGGUAACUUCUAUAUCAACUGCAAGAGCACUGGUGCCGUUGUCGGCCAGCAGCCCUUCGGUGGUGCCCGCGCCAGUGGUACCAACGACAAGGCCGGCAGCGCCAACCUUCUGUCGCGCUUCGUCAGCUUGCGCUCGAUCAAGGAGGAGUUCGUCCCUACCUACACCGUUGCCUACCCCAGCAACGCGAACUAG